AUGUCAGAGCUGGAAGGUAGAGAUGAACUGCCAGAAUUUAGGCAGCGCCGAAAGGUUGCCAAUGUAAGCCAACUAGUGUUAGUGAUGACACAAGCACAGGUUGACCCUACCCACAACUAUGGAUUCAUGAAGUAUUUGACUACACCCGUUUAUCGACUAACGAUUUAUGAGGAGCAAACGGGUGGUUGGAGUGAGCUGCCACCACUGCUCGGGUUCUCCGAUGGGUUGCCAAUGUUUUGCCACCUUGCCGCACUGGGGUUGAACCUAGUGGUGAUUGGAGGGUGGAAUCAGGUGACUUGGGAGGUUUCAAAUGCUCUGUUCAUUUACAAUUUUCUUUCUGCCAAGUGGCGUCGUGGGACCGAUAUGUCAGGUGGUCAUAGAUCAUUCUAUGCUUAUGAGUGGGUCCAACUACGUGAUAUGGCAAGGGAGCGAGAUGAGUGCAAGGGGGGGUUCCACCGUGGCAAGUUCCAUGUCAUUGGUGGGUACCCCACAGAGAUGCAAGGUCGCUUUGAAAGAAGUGCCGAAGCUUUUGAUGUUGCCACAUGGCAGUGGGACCAAGUCCAAGAUAACUUCUUGGAAACUGCCACGUGUCCAAUGACUUGCGCGGACGGUGGAGAUGAAAGACUCUUCAUGUGCCGGGCUGGUGAUGUGUCGGUCCUACAGAGUUCCACAGGGCAAGUUGUAGCUGAACUUCCAACUGAGGUACAACAUACUGCCUUCGUGACAACAUGGCAGGACAAGUUGUUAGUGAUUGGCUGUACAAGAUUCGACGAGUCCCACAGAGUCUACGUAAUGGGUUUGAAAAAUCAUAAGUGGACAAAACUGGAGGCACUGGAGGAGUACUCUGGCCAUGUUCAAUCAGGUUGUUGCUUACAGAUAUAA